AGCAACUCGAGACAGAUGGAAGGGGGUGUUCAUAAACCCGAUAAAACAGAUUUCACAGAAUGCUGGCGAACGAGUUGGAGAAAGCCAUACAUAAUGCGGCUCGCGCUCUCAGCUGGCCUUGGAGGGCUCCUGUUUGGUUAUGACACAGGUGUUAUUUCUGGUGCUUUGCUGUAUAUUCGAGAUGAUUUCAAGUCUGUUGACAGGAAAACAUGGCUACAGGAAACAAUUGUGAGUAUGACAGUUGCAGGAGCCAUAGUUGGUGCUGCAACUGGGGGAUGGAUAAAUGACAAGUGUGGCAGGAAAAUUUCAAUCCUUAUAGCUGAUUUUCUCUUCUUUGUCGGUGCAAUGAUCAUGGCUGUUGCCCCAGCACCUUGGGUGAUUAUUAUCGGACGAAUAUUUGUAGGUCUUGGUGUUGGAAUGGCAUCCAUGACCUCGCCUCUCUAUAUUUCAGAAGCUUCUCCUGCUCGAAUUAGGGGGGCACUUGUCAGCACAAACGGUUUACUGAUCACUGGGGGGCAAUUCCUAUCAUAUCUGAUCAACCUGGCAUUCACCAAAGCACCUGGAACAUGGCGGUGGAUGUUAGGGGUUGCCGGUAUACCAGCCCUUCUUCAAUUCGUGCUGAUGCUCUCACUUCCCGAGUCUCCUAGAUGGCUCUAUAGACGGAACAAAGUAAAUGAAGCCAGGGCCAUCUUAGAGAGAAUCUAUCCUCCUGAGGAAGUUGAAGAAGAGAUGAAAACUUUACAGAAAUCAAUUGAAGAUGAGAAGGCUGAUGAAAGUGCCAUUGGUGAGGGUAUUAUUUCAAAAGUAAGGGGUGCUUGGAGUAAUGUUAUAGUUCGGAGGGGCCUUUACGCCGGUAUCACGGUUCAAGUGGCUCAGCAAUUUGUGGGUAUAAACACUGUCAUGUACUACAGCCCCACCAUAGUUCAGCUAGCCGGAUUUGCUUCGAACCAGACAGCUUUGGCACUCUCUCUGGUUACUUCGGGGCUCAAUGUUUUUGGUUCCCUUAUUAGCAUGGCAACGGUUGACAGAUGCGGAAGAAGAAGGUUGAUGCUCUGUUCUAUGGUCGGAAUUAUUAUUUGCCUUGUGUCCUUAUCUGUCGUCUUCCUCGAAGCAUCCACCCAUUCUCCAUCAAUUACUAGACUAGAAUCCUCCCACUUUGGUGGAAACUCUACAUGCUCAAGCUACUUAGCAGCGCCGGCUGGAUCAACCUGGAAUUGCAUGACAUGCUUGAAAGCAUCCUCAGAAUGCGGUUUUUGUGCACAUGAACCAAAUAAGUUUCUUCCCGGAGCAUGCUUGGCCUUGAGUGACGCUACAAAAGCCGCGUGCCAUGCAGAACAUCGAACUUGGUACACGCAAGGCUGUCCAAGUAAAUUCGGGUUCUUGGCGGUUGUGCUUUUGGGUGCGUAUAUCAUACUGUACUCGCCGGGCAUGGGAACGGUACCUUGGAUCGUAAACUCGGAGAUAUACCCAUUGAGGUACAGAGGCAUUGGUGGAGGAAUGGCAGCAGUUAGUAACUGGGUGUCGAACCUAAUUGUGAGCGAGACAUUCUUAACAUUAACAGAGGCUCUGGGCUCAUCUGGGACGUUCCUGCUGUUUGCUGGGUUUUCACUUAUUGGACUGAUAGCCAUAUUCUUCCUUGUACCGGAGACUAAAGGCUUGCAAUUCGAGGAAGUGGAGAAGAUGCUUGAAAAAGGCUUCAGACCAAGCCUAUGCAAUUCUAAGCAGCAAGAUAAGGAUGAACUUCCUGCCUAAACUAACGUAAGAUCCAUUCUGCAAAUAUUCUAAUUUUUAUUUAUUUUUAUAUAUUCGAUAUGAUUUUUGGUUUCUUACUUCUUAGGGUUAGGAAAAAGUAGUAGUAAAGGAGAUCAUGUUUUAUUUUAGGAGAGCUGGUAGUGACUUGUAUUUUGAAACUUUGCAUGUUUUCAAAUUGUUCCUCUCU